CCUGCGGACUUUCUUGUGAUUAAUCUCUGUGGUAAUCCUUACACUUUCCUAACAAAAAAAAACGACAUGAAGAGAAUCAGGUUUCUCGGAGACCCUAGCGACGGCAGCGGGUCUAAACGCAAGCAAGUAAAAAAAGCGUGUGAGCUAUGUAGGAAAGGGAAACGGAAAUGUAGCCACUGCGUUGGCGACGAGACCCCGGCGCAACAGGAGGGGGGAGCUAAGCAUCCGGUAACGACGGCCGUGUCGGAUCUGCUCGAUGCGCAGUUCUCUGCAUUGGGUGAACAGCCGUCCGAGUCAUUGGAAUCCAGAGAGAUUGAUAAUGCCAAUCAGCAAGCCUUGUCAUCUAGACCGACUAGAGCACUUACAAUCCCCUUCGCUGGGCCUUCGUCUGCGCACUCGCUUCUCUCUGCUUACGCGAAUUUGGGUAUAGAAAUGGACCCGGCGCGACAGCUCCCUGGAUCACGUAUCCUACGCCCCUCCUUUCAGGAUAUGAGGGCACCACCUUCUGAGCGGCGCCCGGGUGUUGCUGUAGGGUAUCUACCCAUGGUAGUAAGGGCAGUACUGCCAUAUUUAGAAAUCGAAUGCCUCCAGGUUCUGCCUCCCAAAUCGGAUCUCGACGCCAUCAUAGAGAUAUAUAGGCAAGAAAUCCACCCAAUUCUACCUAUCGUUGACUUCAAUGCGCCGGUACUCGUCAACCCAGUGAGCCGAGAUAACCCGGCAGCCAUCGUGUUUAGGCAGGCUAUUUGCCUGGUCGUUUCUAAGAGCCCCUCGGCUAGGCAAUACCUUAACCUUCCCGAAUCCGACGACGGGCAAUUUACCCUCAAGACUCCCCGUGAGUUUGCCGAUAGGCUCUUCGGGGUCCUAAAAAUAGCUCAGGAUAUCGGUCUCGUCGACGAUAGGCUGGAGCUUGUCCAGAUUCUCGCCCUGAUGACUUUUCACUCUUAUGGCCCAGAUGGUGACGAUGAAGUCGCCCGUCUAUGUGGCCUGGCCGUCCAUUUCGCAUACUCCGCCGGGUUAAACCACUCUUCACGGCCGAGCGAUCAUUUUCUGGAACCACGUCGCGUGGAAGUACUCUGUUCCCUUUUUUCAUUGGACAAGAUCGUUGCCAUGGUCACGGGUCGACCAACUAUGAUUCACAUGAACAAAAUAUACUUGCCGCCAAAAGACGGUGUUGUAAUGGAGACAUUACCUCCGGGCCUUGCCUUGCUAUUCCGUCUGUGUCAAAUGCUCGAUCGAGUUCUGGAGUUAUACCAGGCGCGGCCGCCGGAUGAGAUGGCAAGAGAAGAUUGCGUAUGGGACGCGUCUUGGCCCGAGUUCGAAGAGCUAGUCGAGGAUUGCAAGGCGCAAACCCUGCAUCCAUGUACGCAAGCUUCGCUGGAGCUUCUAUAUAAUGUUAUUGGUGUCAUAUCCUACCGUCCACCUCAGAUCAAAGUUGGGAAAGCCAGCGGCACGAAAAGCACGUCAUCCACCGAAAUCCAGAGCUCUAAGAUCAGGCAUAAAUACUGCGCCCAGCGGAUAUUAUCCCUCCUCGACCAGGACGUAUCGAGACUCCCCUUUAUACCGUACGCGGCAUCUCUGUCUUUGACAGUGGCCCUACGCAAUUUAAAGCAGACUUCACUAGAGACGACGAAGAAGGUGGCUAGAGACGACGUGGAAAGAAGCCUUAGGGCUCUUGACGAACUCGCGGCGACGUAUUGGCAUGCGGAACAGGCUAGUGGAGUUGGUCGUCAAUUGCUCCAAACGUAUGAUGCAGAUAUCUCUUGACCGACUCGUUACUAUCGUCCAAGCUGCAGCAGCGUUAUAGUGGCUUCGAAUAGUGGCGUUAGGGCAUCUUGGAAUUUAUGGAAUUUGAAUCGGCUUAUAUCAUUAACGGACUCAUUAUACAUUUAGAUACCUUAGGUUAGGUAUCUUAGGUAGGUAUAUAGGUAGGUAGGUACCGAGAUAUACUCGGCGUAUAAUUGCUAUCAUCAUCAUCAUCAUCAUCAUGAGUAAGCGUACCCUCUCCCGCCACGAUUGCCUUGCCGGCUUGUCCGACAAUGGCUCCGCUCAGGCCCGAUCCGAUUGCGGGCCGUCGACGCACGGCAUAUUGAUAACGGGAAGACCAGCAUCCUGAUGGCUUUGGUUGCAACGAGAUAAGAGGUACGGCAAGGAAGACGCACGUAAUAACACAUACGCGAUGAGGGGUAGUUGAGAUAUCGCAUGCGAGAUCCCUAUCGAGAACAGUUUUAUUAAUUUAAUUUUGAACAAACGAUACACCUUUACUCUCCCGUGCAUUGAUUUUCAAUGACUGGCACGUUAUUCUAC